ACAUCAUACACAGGGCUCCCAGCGUAAGAGACCCAGUCCAUGAGCGCCCCGCUAGCCGCAUUUCUGCCGGACGAUGUCUUGAUCUUGAUAUUCAAAGCAUGCUCUCCGUUCGACCCAGUGACUCUGCCUCACUUAACGCACAGAGAGUGCGGCCCUCCUUUAUGGGUUCCAGUCACGCAGAUAUCUUACGGCCAACUCGACUGCAAGCGCUGCUCUCGCUGGGGAAAGGAGAUGUUGAAUCGCUCCGGUGACGACACAGCCUUAUAUGUCUAUUCCAGAGUGCGCACAGGUUCUCCGGGCUGGAACACGCUGAUCAAGAACAUGGGGCGUACGCGCGAGAUGGUGCAUGAAGAAGGCAUGGUAUCAGACUUGCAGUCUAUCAUGGCUACCGUAACAUCUGCGCCAAUAUUAGAGUCACUCUUCCUCAGCUUCUCACGGGACAGUCAAGAGGUGUUGACUUUGCCGUUUGGCCCUCAGCACAUCCCUCGACUGAAGAGACUGUCCCUUGGCAUACCCUUACAGUUCAACUGGUACAGUGUCUCCCCUUUCACUCAGCUUGCCGUCUUGAAGAUCGGCGGCUCCAUCGAGGAUCCAGACGCGGAAUUCCCCAGAUUCCUCGCCGCCCUCAGUUGUAUGCAGGCGCUCGAGAAACUGAGUCUAAAGAUAUCUGUACCACAUGGGAAACAGAAGUGGACCCAAAACCAAGGUCUUGGCGCCACUCUUCCUAAACUCAACCAUCUAUCGCUAUUGGCCAAUUAUACUUCCUGCAUAUCUCUCCUCCCUCGAAUUCUUUUCAAUCGCAAACGAGCCACCCUGUUACUCACUGUUGAGGACGACUCAUCCAGGCCUCAGGGGAAUCCCAUCUCAACCUUUGCUCAACAGCUUCUUGCCGAGAACGUAGAAGCAGGGCAGAGCCCUCAAGACUCUUGGAAACAGUCCUUAGCCGAAUGUACGGCCAGAAAUCACUCACGCUUUGCUAUAGAAGCAUCAGCAGGUUCUGCGAGGGUCACAUUCUAUUUUCAGCUUUUCCCUCGUCCCGAUGCCGAACCGUGCUUCGAGCUCAACUACAACGUGUUUGGGGCUGUCACGAGAGACAUCCUUGCUCAUUACGCAGAUGCCCUCCCAAUAGCGUCCGUGCAGACCGUUUGCAUCCGCUCGUUUGUUGCAUGGUCGAGGCAGCUACCCAACCCGUUUGAUCUCGCCACUUCUGCCACGACGCUUCAGCUCACAAAGACAAACGCUGAAGAUAGCACAGCGAUAUUCUCUGGCUUGCAUCCCCAAGAUGGACGAUUGCCAUUACCGAAUCUUCACAAGGUCGUCAUCGAAGGCACAAAGUAUUCUGUCCCUAGGAUCAGUCGCUUCUUUGACGACGUGAUCAUGCCAGACGUCGUCGUCGAGUGCCCAAGACUCUCGGAGCUCAAGGACUGUAUCCUUGCCCGGCGGCCGCAUGGAUGUCGGCUCAAGCGCGUCGUCUGCGCAAGGACAUGCGACUCCGAGGCAGGCCACGCCGACGACUUAAGGGCUCUCGGGAUCGAAGUUGAUUUGUUACCCAACUUACAUCUAACAUCGAGGCCUCGCCCUGUGUUUGUAUCUCAAUGUGUACCACUCCAGUAUCUUGCAUAG